AAGAAUAUCAAAUAAAAAUGUAGGGCAACAAAAUUGAUAGUAUCUAGCUCCGAUGUUUUGCCAGCCCUAGUUCCCUGCGUAUUGUGAUCGCGCGGAAAAUUUAAAAACAGCGGGCAGCGGGAAUUCCAGCCUUUCUUUUGUAUAAUAGAUGUAAUCGAUAGUCGCCAAAUCAUCGAUUUUUCACCACCUCUAAUCCACAAGGACGAAAAAUUGUGAUCAUAUGGUAGACAUUCUGCGUUGUGUAUUAAAACUGUACCAAGUUUGUAAGUAUAUAUCCACGUAUAACUUUUAAUACAAGUACAAAAAAAAUCUCACUAUUCAAAUCAUGGAAAUUCAAAUCUGUCGCGCUUGCCUGGGAACGUCACCUGCUAUGAUCAACAUAUUCGAAGACGCUCCAGGACUAGGGAUCUCCAUCGCCGAUAUGAUCACUCAAUGCACUCCCUACGAGAUUUCUAAGGGAGAUUGCUAUCCCAAAAACAUAUGCGAUUCUUGCCUGCACUGUGCUCGAGCCGCCUUUGAGAUAAGGCAAACAAUUGAGAAGAGCCACCAGAAGAUACUCCAGUUGAAGAACCGUAAAGUCUUAACAGCCAAUCUCAGGCAGGAUGUUUGCUCUCCUGAGAUUAAAAAACCGCACAAGUGUACCUACUGCCAAAAGGCGUUUAAGAAAAAAUGGCAUCUUCAGGAACAUACGCGUAAGCACACGGGAGAGCGAUCGUAUAAGUGCCACUGCUCGAUGUCCUUUUCCUAUAGAAAUUCUUUAAAGUCACACAUCAAGCGGCACACUGGAGAGAAACGGUAUGAAUGCUCCCACUGCUCGAAGAAGUUUACAGAAUCUUGUCAUCUUAAGAUACAUAUCCGAACUCACACGGGCGAGAAACCGUUUAAGUGCUCUCAAUGCUCAAUGUCAUUUGCUAUUAAGACCACUCUUCAGUCACAUAUCCGAACUCAUACGGGAGAGCGACCGUAUAAGUGUCCCCAAUGUCCACAGGCGUUUACCCAGAAAAAUGGUCUUAAGGCACACACUCGAACACAUACGGGAGAGCGACCGCAUUCGUGCAAUCACUGCUCAAAGUCGUUUUCAACGAAAGAACAACUUAAGCAACACAUCAGAUCUCACACGGGGGAGAGACCAUUUAAGUGCUCCCUCUGCUCGAAGUCCUUUUCCUCAACAAGUGGUGUUCAACGGCACAAUCUAACUCAUACGGGAGAGCGACCGCAUAAGUGUUCCCACUGUUCGAUGGCAUUUUCCCAGAGUUCUAGUCUUUAUAGACACCUGUUAACACACAGGAGGGAUAAACUAGAAAAUUAAUACGUUCGUCUGGGAUCACUUGCUGUAACCGCACAGAAAACAUAACGGAAAAGCCACUGCUUCCUAGGGUCUAAAACCAUUAAAAAUAAAUAUGCAUAUCUCAAAUAAGCGACAAAAAAAAUCAGAAAAAGCCACUGCGUCUCAACCUACGAUCUAAAACCAUAUCUAAUUUUAACUAAUACUCAUUUUAUCUAAAAAUAUAUUUAAGUCUUUUACAAAUAAAUAUAAAUCAAACAA